UAGUACGCAGUUUCUUUCUCUCUAUCUCUAUAUUAACUCUCUUUUCUCAUAAAUCAUUUAUAAAAAAACAAAAAGAUGGGUAUUGCCCGAGAGAACCGGGUCGAAGUCAAGUCGAUGCUAACCGCGGUAUCCAGCAAACCGUCUGGAUCGGAUCGGGUACACCCGUUUACCGCCUUGGACGAUGUCUUGAGUCCACAUACGGUCCACGUCAUCUUCUACUACGCUCGUAGUCCGUUCGAGUCCUUUAACCUCGACUCGGUCCGUAUCCCUUUAUCGGAGCUCCUCUCCAUGUACCCGCCCGUUAUUGGUCGGGUCACCAAAAAUCCAGACGGGAUCUGGCAGGUCAAGUGUAACGACGCGGGACUUCGAGUCUUGAAAGCCAAAGUUUCUGUUGGCAUUGAUGAAUGGCUGAGAUCAGCCGAUGGACUUGAAGAAUAUGAUCUAACGGCUUGGCAAGACAUGCCUGAAGAAGAUCCGACUACUUGGUCGCCAUUUCGUCUACAGAUAAACGAAUUUGAAGGUGGAGGAGUAGCGAUAGGCCUGAGCUGCCCACACAGACAAGCAGACCCAACAACACUUACGAUUCUGUUAAAGUCAUGGACGGAAGCUCAACGCCGUCAGUGUAUCGUUCAUCCUCCAUCCUUUACGCCUCUGCCCUCCAGUUUAACGGAUACUGACGCCGUUAAAUCGGACCGUGAGCCCUUCCCAAAGCCCAUUACAGGGCCCGUUUCAACCAAAACUGCCACCGCCACGUUUAGGUUCUCUGAGUCCGCUUUCAAGACAUGUCUCGACGAAUAUUCUAUCGAGGGAGUAUUCCCCAAAGCCUCGCCGUUCGAUGUGUUUGCCGCUCUUUUCUGGACACGUGUCGCUCUGGUGAAGCGCAUGUGCGAUCGAGUCUGUAUCUGUGUGGAUUUCAGGAGGCUAUUGCCUAACCCGCUUCCUUACGGUUUCUUCGGAAACGCUUUGAACUUUUCGUCUCUUGAGAUGACUGGCGUGGUGGUUAGGGGGAUUGGACACGUGGCACGUUCGAUAAACGAACACGUGAAGAGUCUAGACGUGGAGAAAAUCCGGUCCGAUCUGAAACGGGCUGGGUCACAAGGCCAGAUGUACGGCAGAGAUCUGACGAUCGUGAACAUGGAACAUAUGAUCGUGGAAGGAGAGCCGUUGAUGUACGAGGCUGUGUUCGAGGACGGUGUUAAGCCUGUGCAUGUGAGUUACCGGAUCGGAAACCACGGCGGAGAAGGGAUGAUCACGGUGAUGCCGUCGCCGGAGAAAGGGUUUGGGAGGACAGUCGCAGUGACUUUGCCGGAGGAGGAGAUGUCGAAGUUACUUGCGGAUCAAGAAAUCCUCCGUUUGGAGCCUAAGAUUAUGUUUCGAUCCAAGAAUGUUUAAUAUGAGACAUGAGAGUGAUUAUUAAGGGUUAAAAAACUUAUUGUAAUGGAUUUGAAGAUUUUUGUUAGUUUUCUUACGAGUUGUGAGAAUGGA